GCCCUUUCCUGUUAGCUAACACAGAGCUUUCAUGCCAUACCAUAUUUAGCUGCUUACUCUUUGAUAUAUCUACUCAGUCUAUAGCGCUUACUCGAGCAAACACAAAUAUGGCAGAAGCCAUUCAAAAGAAACUAAAAGCGGAAUUAGAAAAAUAUACACAGAUACAAAAAGAUGUUAGCAAGAGCAUGUCAGCCAGACAGAAGCUGGAGACGCAGCUGACAGAGAACAACAUUGUCAAAGAGGAGCUGGAUCUGCUGGGCAGCACAAACACAGUUUAUAAGCUUAUUGGUCCAGUAUUAGUGAAGCAAGAUCUGGAUGAGGCCAAAGCCACAGUAGCAAAAAGGCUGGAGUAUAUUAACGGAGAAAUCCAAAGGUAUGAGACGCUCCUGAAAGACAUGGAAAAGAAAUCUGAACAGCACCGGGAGGUCUUGUCCAGCUUACAGCAGGAGUUUCAGAGAGCUCAGGGCCUCCCUGUUAGCAAAGUCUGACCAAGUGACGAAGCUGCAUGAAUGCUCACACACACACACACACACACAGAGAACGUAUAAGGGGAUAGUCAUAAUACAAUGUAAAUGUGCUACGCAAGGCUGAGGAUAUUCUGCUUGUAUCUUGUCAUUAAUUUACAGUGUUAUUACUGUGACUUUUCUCGUUACUAAUAAACAUGUUUUUCACGA